AAACAGAGAGAGAGAGAGAAGAGAGAGAGAGAGUGUGUGACUGGAAACUCCGAUGCAAUGUACCCAAAGAAAGACGCCAUUGAUUUCAGUUGUGAAAGCAAUAACUCAGAGCUUUUCCAACACCUGUACCUUCUCCCACCCUCCAUUCGUCACCUCCUCCUGCGCCUCAAACCCUAAAAAAAAAAACCAUAACAAAAGAAGAAUCAACCUUUCCUUUAAACCCUAUCCUCGUAAUUACUCCCCACCCCCCAUUAUCCCCAUCUACCCACAUUGUUUUUCUCAAUCCGAACAAAAAAAAUUAAACCCACCAUGAAUCAAAAUCCCACAAGUGUCAUCGAGAUCAGAAGCCCUAGCCCAGUUGUUAUGACUACAAGAACCGCACCACCACCAUCUCUCCCUCACUUUCACCGCCCCCCCAUUUCACGACUGCCGAGCGUCCAAUUUCACAGAAACCCUAAGCCUAGCCCUAGCUACGAUCGAUGGGGAAAAACGAGGCGUGUGGUUUGGUGGCAGGUGGUGGGGUUGAAAUCGGAGUUGGGGAUGGCAGUUUUGGUGAUGAGGGGGAGAGAUCUCGGAAGACUUGCGGUGGUGACUCGGAUCGGACCGAGUUGACUCGGGACCUGGUCGGCGAGGCGUUUAGCGUCGCCGGUGUGCAGAGGAAGAAGAGGAUGGCCCGGCAGAGGAGAUCUUCUGUCAGUGUCUUGCCGUUUUCACCUUACGGCUCGCACGUGCCGACGCCAUCGCUCGCACGUGUAAUUGAUGAAACAAGAUUGAAGUUUCUAUUUGAGAAGGAGCUUCAGAUGAGUGAUGUCAGCUCCCUCAGGAGGAUGGUCGUCCCUAAGAAAUCAGCGGAGGCUUUCCUACCUGCCCUCGUGGAGAAGGAAGGUUUUUUCAUGAGCAUGCAUGACAUGGAUGGCCUGCAUGUCUGGAAUUUCAGGUUCAGAUAUUGGCCAAACAACACCAGCCGUAUGUACGUACUUGAGAAUACUGGGGAAUUCGUCAAUACACAUGGCUUAACACCGGGAGACUAUAUGAUGAUUUAUCAAGAUCCUGAAAACCAGAACUAUUUCAUUCAAGCAAGGAAAGCUACGGAUCAGGAAUCACACAGUGAUUCUGCCGCGAAAGCUGUCAACGAUUACUUUCCAGAUGAUUACGAGGUAAUUAACUUCGAGCACAUUGUUCCUAUGGACUACCCCUACCCCACCGUGGAUGACACUAUGAUGCCUCUUGUUUAUCAAACUACCUUCUCAAGCGACUCCUCCGACGCAUCUUAUGUUUAUGAGACCACCAUCUCAAAUGAGACUGUGUUUGAUUUUUGGAGCGGACCAAUGAUCUAUAACUCGAGGGUUGAACGCGCUGGAAGCUUUGAAUCCAUUGAAAACUUGUCUCUCGACGAGUUCUAGUUCUGGAACUGCAGUGACCAGAGAAAAAAAUGCAUAAUGUAUGCUACCUGUAAUACUAAGGAGAACUUCAUGGGACUGAAGUAACGAACUCCAUUUUGCUGAUGUGUAUUAUGUAUGUCGUAUAUAAGUUACCGACUUGGUACUUGCCUUCUCUUUUUCUUUGGAAGGUCAGUUGCUUUUGUUUGUUUUGUAAGGACACCUUUAAAUAAAUCACUGGAUGGUUUUCUUAUAGU